UAAACUGCUGGACACUUCCUCUUCCCCCUGGCCUUCAUGCAAGAUUAUUAUUAAUAAAUCACAAACAAAAACAAGAGGUACAUGAAGCAAAAUUCAAAACCAAAAGGAUUAAUGGUUUUCUGAAAGCAAUCGCCUCAAACUUUCCUUGAGUUUGAAGAAAACUGAAGGUGGCCUACUGUCUGGAUCUGGUCUUGUCUGGGGGUUGAAGAUGUCUUUCCUUGAGUUCGAAGAAAACUGAAGGUGGCCUACCGUCUGCGUUUGAAGAUGUCUUUCUCCAGCUCCACUUGAAACAACUUUGAAAACUACAUAUAUGGAAUGGAACGAGGUAGGUCUUUAAUCCUUAUCAAAGCAAAUAAUCGUUAUUUAGGCUAUUAUUAUUAAUAAGCGUAAUUUAGGCCAUCGUAUUUCUCUUCUUUCUUCCAAAUGUGAAAGUACAAGAUUCAUAUUAAAGCCAGAAUUGUAAUGGUGAACUGUCGCUAGCCAGCCGGAACAUAUUUUCUUCCAGCGGUAUCAUCUGGUCUGAUUAAAAUGAUUGAAAGUGAGACUAGUAACCAGUGCGCAUGUUAUGUAUCUUUCACUUGGAUACAUAAAUAUAUAUAUAAACAACUAACUGCUCUCUUACCAUGAUCAAACCAAUUAACUGACUGAGGAAAGGAGAGGAGAGGAUUGAGAAAUGGCUUUGUUUUCAUUCACUUCCAUUGCUAAAUGUGCCAAUGCCAUCUCAUUUAUUCUCUUUGUUGUGUAUGUCUCCAGUUUGUUCAACCAUCUCAAUCUGGCUUCUGUUGCUGCAAAACACAGCAGCCGCAAUGGUGUAUAUGCUUCUCAUCAUCAUCAUGGCCAUCACCGUGGCCGCCACCAUAGUAACCAUUCUGAUUCUGCUGCAGCAUCAGAUGAUCAUUCCAAUGCAAGAUUGGACCGAGCUUUUCUUGCCCUCCAAGCAUGGAAACGAGUGAUUUACUCCGACCCAUACAACUUUACCACCAAUUGGAAAGGUCCUUCAGUUUGCACUUACAAGGGUGUGUACUGUGCACCUGCUCCUGAUGAGCCCAAAACCCAAGUUGUUGCUGGCAUUGACCUUAAUAAAGCUGACAUAGCCGGAUUCCUCCCAGACGAAUUAGGCCUCUUGUCGGACCUUGCACUUAUCCAUCUGAACAGCAACCGCUUUUGCGGCAUCCUCCCUCAGAGUUUGGCCAACCUCACACUCCUUUAUGAGCUUGAUCUCAGUAACAACAGAUUUGUGGGUCCUUUUCCUACUGUAGUCCUCUCUCUUCCUAGUCUAAAAUAUCUUGAUAUUCGCUACAAUGAGUUUGAAGGGCCAAUACCUCCACAACUCUUCAGCAACAUAGUACAACUAGAUGCAAUAUUUGUAAAUAACAACCGCUUUACCAGUAUAAAUAUUCCAGCUUCUAAUUUAUUAUCAUCAGCCAGUGUGGUGGUGUUUGCUAACAAUAAAUUGGGCGGAUGCCUUUCUCCGAGCAUAGCUAACUUUGCAGACACAUUGGAGGAGCUUUUGCUAAUCAACACAAGCUUGUCGGGGUGUCUUCCACAACAAGUUGGGUUUCUGUACAAAUUGAGGGUGUUGGAUGUGAGCAAUAACAACCUGGUUGGUCCUAUACCUUACAGCCUUUCAGGGCUAGCUCAUUUGGAGCAACUAAAUUUGGCCCACAAUAUGAUGACUGGGAUUGUGCCAGCUGGAGUUUGUAGUUUGCCAAAUUUGGCAAAUUUUACAAUCUCUUAUAAUUAUUUCUGCGAGGAAGACGGGAUUUGUCAGAAUUUGACAACAUCCAAAGGAGGCAAGACUGCAUUUGAUGAUCGCCGUAACUGCAUGCCUGAGAGGCCAUACCAGAGGACCCAGAAGGAAUGUACUGCUGCUCUUGAGCACCCUGUUUACUGCUUUUAACAUCCUUGUGUUGUAUAA